AGAGCUGCAAAGCGCUGUAGGCUUUUUCCUUUUUUUUUUUUUUUUUCUUUUGUUGUUGUUACUUUUAAUUACCCCCUCCUACUUUUGCACCCUUCUCCGGACUUCACGCAGAACCUGCGAAUUUCGAAGAGGUGGUGGCAGAGUGAGAGAAAAGAGGUGUCAGGGGGUUUGGGUUUUUUCUUUUUUCUUUCUUUUUUUUUCAAUUGCAACACUUUCUCCCACCCUCUCGGCUGCAGCCAACUCCUCUUACCUGUUCCGCGGCAGCCGCGCGCCGCUGGCAGCGGAGGGUUAGAAAGAAGAGGGGUGUAUUUUAGAUUUUAAGCAAAAUUUUGAAAGACAAACCCAUCUUUCUCCUCCACCCCCUUCUCCAUAGCCUCUGAGAUCUCGGUGGUGGGUUUUGGGGUGAGCAAUUUUGUGGCUUUUUCACCCUACAAUUCUUACCAGAGCGGACUUGGAGGUUCCUCCGGUCUCCGCUGACUCUGCGUGCACCUGGCGCUACCCGCUGCCCCCGCAACCUGUUGCAAGUCUUUAAUCCUUGCGAUUGGGACUUGCUUGCAGGCACUCCAGUCCUCCAUCUCUCCCUACAUUUUGCAAGUGUCUGGAGGAGGGCACCUGCUCUACCUGCCAGAGAUUUAAAAAAAAAAAAAAUCUCCCUGCUCCCUCUUGGCCCCUUUCUCCCUGCUCUCUCGCUUUCCUGCCCCGCCCCGAGGUAAAAGGGGAGACUCGGAGAAGAUGGUGCUCACCGCGGUCCUCCUGCUGCUCGCCGCCUGUGCGGGGCCGGCCCAGAGCCUGGGCUCCUUCGUGCACUGCGAGCCCUGCGACGAGAAAGCCCUCUCCAUGUGCCCCCCCAGCCCCCUGGGCUGCGAGCUGGUCAAGGAGCCGGGCUGCGGUUGCUGCAUGACUUGCGCCCUGGCCGAGGGGCAGUCGUGCGGCGUCUACACUGAGCGCUGCGCCCAGGGGCUGCGCUGCCUCCCCCGGCAGGACGAGGAGAAGCCGCUGCACGCCCUGCUGCACGGCCGCGGGGUUUGCCUCAACGAAAAGAGCUACCGCGAGCAAGUCAAGAUCGAGAGAGACUCUCGGGAGCAAGAGGAGCCGACCACCUCCGAGAUGGCCGAGGAGACCUACUCACCCAAGGUGUUCCGCCCCAAGCACACCCGCAUCUCUGAGCUGAAGGCCGAGGCAGUGAAGAAAGACCGCAGAAAGAAGCUGACCCAGUCCAAGUUCGUGGGGGGCGCCGAGAACACCGCCCACCCCCGGGUCAUCGCUGCGCCUGAGAUGAGACAGGAAUCUGAGCAGGGCCCCUGCCGCAGACACAUGGAAGCUUCCCUGCAGGAGCUCAAAGCCAGCCCCCGCAUGGUGCCCCGUGCCGUGUACCUGCCCAACUGUGACCGCAAAGGAUUCUACAAGAGAAAGCAGUGCAAGCCUUCCCGUGGCCGCAAGCGUGGCAUCUGCUGGUGCGUGGACAAGUACGGGAUGAAGCUUCCAGGCAUGGAGUACGUCGACGGCGACUUCCAGUGUCACACUUUCGACAGCAGCAACGUUGAGUGAUGCGUCCCCUCCCCAUCCCUCCCUCAUCCUUCCCACCCCAGCCCCAACCAGCCAGCGCCUCCCUCCACCCCAGGACGCCACUCAUUCAUCUCAUAUAGGGGAAAUAUACAUAUAUCUAUAUCCAUUUGAGGAAACUGAGGACCUCGGAAUCUCUAGCAAGGGCUCAGCAUUGAAAAUGGCAACAACAGAGAUGCAAAAAGCUAAGAAGACCCCUUUUUUCAAAUGGUUUUCUUUUUGAGGCAGGUUGAAUGAACAGAGAAAGGAAGAGAAGGGAAGAAAGUGUUUGCGCAGACGAGAGGGAAAGGAGAGCAGAGUUACGGACAGGAAGGGACUCAUGUGAGCAAGAGGGAAAGGACACCAGGACCAGGGCUGGAUCCCCCUUUGCAUCCAGUCCUGGCCUGGGGGUGGACAGAGGUGGGGGCACUAGAGGGCGGGGCCUGAGAGGUGGCAUUGAUGACACCCUUGGAGUUUUCCCAGUUUGGACUGGCCAGGGGGAGAAAAGAAAAGACACGAUGUGCCGGUGCCUGGCCCGGACCGGCCUCCUCCCCCAGCCAGCUGCCCUCGCCCUUCCUCUCCUCUUCCCCUGGCCAGUGUUGCCUCUCCCCAAAACUUAUAAAAACUAAAAUGCAUUCCGUUUCUCUGCAAACAAAACGAAUUUAUAAUUGAGUAAUAUUAAAUAGAUAGGUUUUCCUAAGCAGACACACACACAUUGAAUGUGUGUGCAUAUUUCAGUCCCCAUGCAGACUUCUGGAAAUCAAUAUGCACCCCCAUAUUGGAAAGCCUUGUUCCUCCUGGGUGACUAAAAAAAACAUGUGGUUUUGACCCCUCAUUUCCUUCCAUUUGCAACUAGUGCAGCAGCCUCAGUGGGGGAGGAUAGGCUGAAAAAAAAAAAGUGGGCUUGUAUUUAUCUACAAGGCUCCGUAUAGUCAUAUAUAGGCAUAUAAAUCUAUUAUCUUUUUUUUUUCUUUCUUUCUUCCUUCCUUUUUUCCUAAGGUUUGCAUUAACUUUUCAAAGUAGUUCCUAUGGGGGCAUUGAGGAGCUUGCCCAUUCUGGAAAAACCAGGAAAACCCGUAUUCUCCUAAGACAACCCAUACUGUCAGUUUUGCUGGCUGCUAGGCAGGGGUUUCCCGUGAGCAGCAAGCGCCACUCUGUGGGGCAUAGUGUUGGGUUUUAAUGAUUUCUCACGCGUGUUCUCUGUGCCCACCAAGCCAGGAGGAUACUCACAUGCAGUGGGGUGCACACCAUGCUCCCCAGUACAUCCCAUCUGAGGCUUCAGACCCCCAGGAAGUGACUGUCUUUAGACUCCACACCAAACGAGCCAACAGGUCCAAGUUUGACCCACUGGCUCUGCCCCAGACUUUGCAUUUCCUCUGGAUAGAACCUGUAUCUUGAAAGCCUCUCUCAGUCUCCACACUGGCUCAGCAGGAGAGAGACCGAAAUGAGAGAUGGCAAAGAGGGAGAUGGUGGUGACAAGGCUCACUUGUGGGAACACAGGCCAGAGAGGGCUGGAGGAGCAGGGCCUGACUGUCCCACUGCAGCCUUGGAGCGGAGCAGCAGAGAGUGGGAAGAGCCGAUCGAGCCUUCCUUGGCUUCCCCACCUCAUGAGCCCUCUGGGAUUCAGGAGGGAAGAGAGAGGAAAAUGGGGAACAGGCUGUAAGAUGGAGCUUAAUCGAGGACGUGGAGCCAUGGCAGGCAAUCUUAGGUGGGUUCUAGACUUUAGAAUCUGGAUGAGAACGAGGAUCGGUAGAGACUGGCCCUGCUUUUGAAGGGACAAGACUGUGUGCUCAGAUGGGACACCUUCAGCCAGCAGGAGGGACGGAGGCCAGAGUCUCGUGAGCUGUUGUCUGUUCUGGCAAGUCCGCACUUCCUCCCCGAGGCGGAGGGUGGAAGAAAGGCCCAGGACAGCCAGGGAGUGGAUACUUCAGGGGCGUUGUCAUUUGGCAGCCAGAUUCUGAACCAAGGAAAAUCCCAUUCUCCACUGACUUCCUCAACGAAUGGGCAGCCUUGGAACUGUCCCCUAAAGCUGAAGACAGCCUGCCAGCAAGGGGGCUUGGACACUGGCCAAGGGGCCUCUUUCUUGCUGUGGACACACUCCCUCUGCUCUUUCCUGAUGGCAUGGCACAGGGGGGACCACCUCCAACACCGAACUUGGGGCAACAAAGAGGGACAGCAGAGAAGCAAACAUAUUUCAACUAAGAGAGAACUUACAGCUCUGGAGUAUGGGGUGUCUCCUACUCCCCCGGACAGGACAGUUGGUUGGGGAUGGGAAAGGCGGCCAGUCUCCAUGGGGAUGGCAGCCAUGGGGACUUUGACCUGCCCUGUCAGUGCACCCAUCUCUCUUCACAACUGUCCCCAAGCCCAACUCAGAUUUCUGUACGUCUUAGGCCAGUAUCCUAAACCUUUUCCACGUCACUCUUCUUUCUGCCCUUUCUUUGUUUGGAUCUUGAGCAGUUAUCUAACUGGGAUCUGCCAAGUGGAUACUGGGGCGCCAUUCCCCCUAAGAAAAGACUGAGCCAGGAACUGCAUACUCCCCCCACCCCACCCAGGCCUGGACUUGAUUCUUGGGAGGGGCUCCACCCCCACACCUGCGCUGUUUGCAGACUUUGAACGGACCUCUGCCCCUUACGCUGGCUCUUCACUGUCAGCCAGCCAUAAGGUGGGGGAUCGUGGCCAGGAUAAAGUCCGCCAGACUCUUCAGGCUUCCAGAUUCAUGCCUAUUAACGCAAACCUGUGAGUCUCCACUGCUUGCAGGGGGUGCCUCUGGGCAGCUGGCUACUACCUAGAGGAAGCUGGACCUCCAUGGACAGAUGGAACUAUACUUCCUAAAUGGGAGCUCUGGCUGAGCUCAUGGUGGGGAGACCACAGGAAGGAGUCACUGAAGGAAGGUGGACCCUCUUCCCCUUGACAGGUGGGAGGAAAGGCAGGUUUGGAAUGGCGCGAGCAUGUUAAGUCCUGGGCAGGGUCUCCCUGCCCCAGGCUGGCCUUUGGCUAACUAUCGGCUCACCCAGAGGCCUUAGACUCCGGGUUAUCUGUGGCCCCAGGUUUGAGUGUGGCCCACUCGCCCCACGGAAGGUCAUUUCCCGUCCCCUUUUGACUCAUGCCUCACUCCAGCAGUGGAGAGGACACCUCCAUCUUCCCCCACUGCUACCUGGUCAUUGAGGGAGGCCUAGCCAGGUUUGAUCCCCUUCCCCCAGCCUGCCCUGAUGCCAGGUAAAGCAGGGUACCUGGGAAGGAAAAGACUGGGAAGUUUCUCUGACAGCCAGGCCCAGACAGACAGGCCUGGAGACACGUAGCCCCCACGCGGGGGAGGCAGGUAGACACAGGAGGCCCUGGGAGGCCCUGUGUGGUCACACCUCUCCCUUGUCCCACCUCCUCGGUGCCGCUCUGUGGUCUCCACGGCAACCCCGCAGGGACAACCUCCUCUGAGGAGGUGGGCCUCAGCCACCGCCCUCCCACUCCCACCACCACUUUGCUCGGUAGCGACAGCGCUGCCAUGGCAACCACCAAGCCCCCCUCGAGGUGGAGCAGGACCCCCUUUCCAUCCAUCAACUCAGAACCCCCUAGAAUGGGAGCUUCAGAGAGGAGUGGGCCAAGGAGAAGAGACUCUCUAGUCUCCAAGAGGAAUUUUUUGGCUUCCAAGAAAAAGGAGGCUGAGUUUUAAAAAGCGUUGGGACAAGGGAAUGGGGGUUUUCCCAACCAGCAACCUGAGUGUUGUACUGUCUUUGUUUUUAAAACCACUAAAGUGCAAGAAUUAUUUUGUGCCGUUUCUCCACUUUCUUUUUUCUUUUAGGGUUUAGUUUCUUUUUUAAAAUCAUACUUUCGUGGUUUUCUAAUGGAGUAUAUAGUUUAGCCAUUUCACAGACUCUGCCAUUUGGAUGGGGAGAGGGCAAGUGAAGAGGAUCACAGGAAAGGGGCCCCCGCCACCAUGCGCCCACUCAGCCCCCUUCUCUGUCCCUGGUCACCAGCCUGAGUCCCAUCUCCACCACCGUCCAUCCCACAGUAGCCCUCACGGAUAGCACAGUUGUCAGACAAGAUUCCCUCAGAUUCCGAGUUGCCUACCGGUUGUUUGGUUUUUUUGUGUUUUUAAAGACAGCAAUAACCACAGCACAUAUUCCUGUAGUUCUUUAUAGUUUUACGUGCAUACAUACCGUAGCUCUAUUCUCUACUCUUUUGUGUUUUAACUUUUAAAAAUAAAUAAGUGCUCAUAAUCUUUACUGGUAAAAAGGAUGGUAAAAUAAACCAACAAAACCAGUGUGUGGGGAAAAAAAAAAAAAGCAGAAAAAAAACUAUCACCUGAAUGCGGAAGAGCUUGGCUCCUGUUUAGCAUUUUGUACUUAAGAAAAUAAACAAACAAACAAAAACAGAGGAUCUCACGUUUUAUUAAAAAGUGAGGAUUGCUGUACACUAUUUAUUCAUCGUAUAAUUUAUGUUACUCCUUGAUCUUUGUCUUUUGUCAUGACAAAGCAUUUAUUUAAUAAAGUUAUGCAUUCAGUUA